AAAUUAAUGAUGAAAAAACGUUUACUUGAAUCGGUUAUAAUAUUUUACGCCAGGUAGUUUGUGACGAACGCAUACUCAAACCGAAAAUGGUGUUAUGUUUUCUGCAAAAAACAUUAAUUCAAAAUAUUUUUAAAAUGGACACAACAAAUGGAUACAACUUCCCAUCUUAUUAUCACUUCGCACUGCUUAUUACAGUAGUUAUAUUAUAUUGGGUGUUCUAUGUGCCGUGUAAUUGGAAAAAGCGUAUAGAUGACGUUGGUUACCAGAUCGCUUUGGAAGGUGAAGGAAGGGUAAACUCCUUAAGAAAACGAGACGCCAUCAACAGAAUACGAAAACUCCGGCAGAUCGGAAUUAAAGAUCUACCUCCUCCAUACCCAAAUGGCUGGUACUGUAUACUUGAAUCACACUGUCUAAGACGAGGAGAAGCAAAACAUGUGUCCGUACUUGGUGAACAAUUAGUUGUGUUUAGAACAUUAAAUUCAACCGUCUAUGUGUUAAAUGCGUACUGUCCCCAUUUAGGAGCAAAUAUUGGCAUGGGUGGAAAAGUAAUUGGAGAUACGAUUGAAUGCCCGUUUCAUAAGUGGAGUUUCCGGGGGAGUGAUGGACGAUGUGUUAACGUUCCAUAUAGCUCUUGCGUACCUUUGAACUCAAAAUUACAAAAAUGGAUAUCGCGCGAGGUAAAUGAUAACAUUUUCAUAUGGUAUAGUGUUGAUUCCGAUCAGGUUCCGUGGGAUAUACCAACAAUAGCAACAAACAAACUUGCCUACCAUGGAAGAAAUGAAUUUUACAUAAAUUGUCACAUUCAAGAAAUACCGGAAAAUGGUGCAGACUUAGCGCAUUUUCGAGCAAUUCAUGAUAUCAGCGUGUUAGCUGGUGGAAAAAUUCCAAAUGACAAUUUUCUAAAGGGAGUCGGAACUCACAAGUGGGAAGCCAUAUGGACGCCUUCAGCAACUAAACACAUAGCUUUGCUUACUCUCAAACAUUCUUUAAGUUUUACCGAACAGUUAAACUUUAUUAAAAUGGAUAUUACUGGUCAGCAGAUUGGGCCAUCUUAUGUGCACCUCCGCCUUGAGUCCUCAAUGGGUCGUAUAGAUAUCCUGCAAACAGUUACCCCUGUCGGACCAAUGACGCAAAAAGUUGUACAUCGCUUCUAUGGCUUGCGCAUUUUGGCACCAUUUAUAAAAGGUGCCAUUUUUGCUGAAAGUAUAAUGUUUGAACGAGAUAUUGCUAUGUGGAAUCAUAAAAUAUUUCGCAAAAGACCGCAGCUUGUUAAAGAAGAUAGUUCAAUACUUGCGUUUAGGAACUGGUAUCAGCAAUUUUAUUCGGAAAACAGCCGAACAUUUUAUGAAGCCAAAGAAUGCUUGGAAUGGUAAUUAUAUUUCUAAUAGUUUUUUGAUUGUAAAUAAAUAAAUAUGUACAUGUAUUACAUUAAUAGUUUAUGCUAAUAAAAAACGCACUGAAACUUAA